UUUGACAGUAGUCGUCCGGCAGCACCGAGUGAGCGCACACGUCGCUCUCUCCACUACAUCGCACCACUGCGGUAGGAGCGCGGAGGCAGCAGCAGAGGAGUGCCCGGCAGGCACAGUCCACUUGUUCCUGCAGGACAAAAUCCAGGUGGCGAGUCUCUCACUCUGUCUCUCUGUGUCUCCCUCUCUGCCGACUUUAUCACAGCGCAAGACUUUACCUGAGAGGACAUAGUCAUAUAGCAACAGCUCUCAGGGUAACCCUCACAGUCCAGCCGGAGCAAAGGAAGGAGAAGUUUGGGCUAUUGCCACGCGAUUUUACCCACAGCUCCGUAACCUUGGAAGUCGGACCUGAUUAUUGUGAGAGGAUGGGACCGCUACUCCUUUCCGUCGCCCUGUGCUUGAGCGCCGCUGUCCCACAGCGUGUGAAAGCAGCAGAUGGUGAGGAACCAACUUCAGCAGGUCCUUGCCAUCCAAACCCUUGCCACAACAGAGGAACGUGUGAGAUCAGUGAGACCUACAGGGGUGAUACCUUCAUUGGUUAUGUGUGCAAGUGUCUACCAGGUUUCAGUGGAGUUCACUGCCAACACAAUAUUAACGAAUGCGAAAGGGACCCGUGUAAGAAUGGGGGCAUUUGCACAGAUCUGGUUGCCAACUAUUCCUGUGAAUGUCCAGGAGAAUACAUGGGGAGGAACUGUCAAUACAAAUGCGCUGGCCCACUGGGCAUGGAGGGCGGUAUAAUCUCCAACCAACAGAUAACGGCCUCUUCUACCCACCGUGCUCUCUUUGGCCUACAGAAGUGGUACCCGUACUUUGCAAGGCUCAACAAGAAGGGGCUGGUCAAUGCCUGGACUGCAGCCGAAAAUGACAGAUGGCCAUGGAUCCAGAUAAACCUGCAGAGGAGAAUGAGGGUCACGGGCCUAAUUACCCAGGGUGCAAAGCGUAUCGGCAGCCCAGAGUACGUCAAGUCUUACAAAGUAGCCUACAGUGAUGACGGGAAGACCUGGAGAACAUACAAAGUCAAGGGCAAAGAUGACGAUAUGAUUUUCAGAGGAAAUGUCGAUAACAACGCUCCAUCAGCCAACUCCUUCACCCCUCCCAUUGAAGCCCAGUACGUGCGCAUUUACCCCCAAGUCUGCAGGAGGCACUGUACUUUACGCAUGGAGCUGCUCGGUUGUGAGCUAACAGGCUGUUCUGAACCACUGGGUAUGAAGUCAGGCCAUAUCCAGGACUAUCAGGUCACAGCCUCCAGCAUCUUCAGGACGCUCAACAUGGACAUGUUCACUUGGGAGCCUGGGAAAGCCCGUUUAGACAAGCAGGGCAAGGUCAACGCUUGGACAGCUGGUCAUAGCGACCAGUCGCAGUGGCUACAGGUGGACUUGCUUGUGCCAACCAAGGUGACAGGUAUCAUCACCCAGGGAGCGAAAGACUUCGGCCAUGUCCAGUUUGUUGGCUCAUAUAAAGUCGCUUUCAGUAAUGAUGGAGACCAGUGGAAUGUAUAUCAAGAUGAGAAGCAGGGCAAGGACAAGGUAUUCCAAGGGAACUUUGACAACGACACACACAGAAAGAACGUGAUAGACCCGCCUAUCUACGCUCGGUUCAUUCGGAUCCUUCCCUGGUCGUGGUACGGCAGGAUCACUUUGCGUGUAGAAAUACUCGGAUGCACAGAGGAAGAGUAAACCCUUUCCUUCAUCUUUCUGCCCAUCGCCCCUUGUCCCUUGGCAUACUGGAGUGUCUCACAAAGUACUUCAGAAAUAAACUGUGCAACCUGUAAAAAGAAAUUGAUUUCCAAUGGAUUUUUCAAGAGUAUGCGUUGGUUGUGAUGGGUUGCUGUUUGUUCUUUUGUACAAUGAUUUAAAACCUGCCCCUGCCCCUGUUUGUCCUUUUGUUUUUCCUAUUUAAAGCGUGAUCUUUGUCUUUUUAUUCCUCUCAAGAUUUGCCAUCCUGUUUGGAAUGAACUUCUAUAAUAUAUAUAUGGGAGGGGUGGGUUUGGGGGUGGUGUCAGAAAGGGAGUCUCCCUGUGGUUUUAACUUGUUGCCAUAGAAGCUAUUGUACAGUGUCACUUUUUAACAAAUGUGUGAAAUCUGUCUGUUGUGCUUCAUUGGACAUGAUUAACCAGCUUCAUGCCAUGACUAAACUGUCUAAAUGAUCAUGUAGAUGACAUGUUAUCUCAUCAUCAAAUGUGUUUUUACUUUGAAUACAGCACCUCCUCAAGCCAUGCCUUUUCCCUAAUGGACACUGGCAUUACCGCAUCAAUCAAAACACUGCUAAAGCUCUUGUAUUAUAUGUAAAAGACUAAGAAAUUGCAUGGUGCGUGAACUAUAAAUAUAUAUUAUGAGAAAUCAUUUAAAACCUCCAGCCCUGAAAGCAAAUGGAUUUGAUUUAGAGACCUAUUUUUUAUGUGCAUUUUUAAAUAGUUCUGAAACAUUACAACACACUGCAAAAGCUUAAUAAAGAUGACUGAUAUGUGAGACAAAAAGCAAGCACUGCAGUUUAAAGUGGUUCUGCAGCACUGACACUGAGGCUUAUAAGGUUGUAUGUAGUUGAAAUGUUAGCUCACAUUUUCUUUAACAUUCGAUUAUUGCUAGAUGUAAGAUUAUUUGCUAUUAUUGUUUGUUUGCCAUUUUGUAUUUAUUUUAUUUUGUUUGGUUUUUCAAUCUCAGCUGUUAGAUUCACAACAUGUUUUUAAUGUCCUCGUGUUGUCUUGCAGAUCUAAGUCAAAUCAAUUAAAAAAGCUCAGGAUAGAUGUUAUCCAUAUUAACCCACAGCGCAUAUUUUUGGCCUCCUAGUUGAAGAUUUCUGUGUUAUUAUUUAAAGAAAAUACCACAUGAGUGAAAGCAAUUAUUGAAAUCAUCCAUAUAUGCAUAACUCAAAUGCUGAAAGCAGUUUCUUAAUAUCCUUAAUUUCUUUGACUUGAUAUGUGAAAACCUUUAAUUAAUUUCCUCAUUUUCAAAAGACAGAAAAAUUGCUCAUAUUACUAUCGUCAUCUCAGGCCUACAAUGACCAGAGUGACAGAACAGAGCUGUAAAUUAAUUAUGGAAAUGGAAUAAUAAGCUUUUAUUAAAAUACUGGAUUAAAGUAUAGGAAUAAAAUAUUAAAAUGCUUAUAUGUGUUUCCACUGUUGCUCUCCGCAUGUUCAAAUGGUUGCAGGUUGCUAAACAUAUUUAAAGACUUGCAGUUUUUACUGUAUGGCUUCUCUUGUUGGCUACAUCUGCAGUAAAUGAACAGCAAUGUUUAGCCAGUUAAAUAAAUGGAAGCAAAAAAACCCUGAGGUAUUGUAGUAGUGUCAGAGCUUGUGGGCCUGUAUCGGACCUGGAUUGCUCAAGAGUUUUCCACUCUUGGCUAGUUUUUCCAAAGCUCUCUAGUGCAACAAUAAAAUCCAAAAGGAGCCACUUCCGCUUUUAUACUUCAUGUUUCACUUCAGCCUUGUCAGCUUUCAGGCCCAUAACAAACCCCUUCAUUUUAUAUUUUCAGAAUCUAGUUCUGAAAAAGAAAGUGAGAAUUUUACAGGAAUUCUGUACUGAAAUAACUGCAUCAGCCUUUAACAGAUAUUUUGAUGGCAUGAAUGAAUAAAAAUAAAAAUCCUCUAACAUUAUUUUUUAACUUAAUUCUGCAAUGUGAAAUGAUGAAAAGUACAGAAAGACAUCAUGAAUGCUUCCAGACAAAAGGUAAAAAGUCUGAAAUUAAAAAACAAAACCUAACAAUAAAGUUACCUAACAACCAAGCAUAGGCAGUAGUGUAGGUCUGGUAAAUGGCAGUGUGAUAUGAUACAGUAUGCUAUAAUGGACCGGAUGUGUGUUAAGAUGUUAUUUAAGUGUUACGUAUUUGUGUAAGUAACAUCGAAAGACUGCUGUAGAUUACCUAUGUGUUUCUUUUUCUUUGUCCUUGGAGUGAACUGGUGACUCCAUUGACACUUCAUAGAUUCAUGAACACAGGACACACAUAAGUAUACGAGUAUCUCUUGUAUAUUUUACAUAUUCGCUGUGAUUCUUUAUCGACAAGUAUCAAGUAUUUCCAAGAUCUGCUCCAGUUUGUCUUUGUAGUUAAUUUGUCGUGAGCAUUUAUGACAAAGCAGGUGUGCUGCAAAGCUUUGUGGAAUUUUGCAUGAUGAUUUGAAGCGUACAGUACAACAAGGAUGUCCACAGGCACAUUGUGUUCUUGCAUAUCAUAAAGAUCUAAUAGCCUUUACUUUGUAUUCACCAUCAGUUGUCUUGUGCAUUGUAAAACUGAAGCAUCUCACGGGUCCAAACGGGGAAAAAAAUAGAAACUCAUCAUGUCUUUGUAUUUCAGUGUCAACUGUUCACAUAUUAUUUCUUAAUUCCUCAAUCUCACUGUCACCCACUAUCUAGAAAAUGUACCCAUCAUAAUAAUAGUUAGGUUCAAGCCUGCAGAGGAGAAUCUAAAACUCUGUACAGUGAAAAAAAAAAAGACAUUGCUUCAAAACAAAAAGUUCUUUCAGUUUGACAAAUAAAAACAUAUC